AUGAAAGUGCUUCAAGAUGACAAAACAAAAUCUCUGCUGGCAGAGCCAAACCUGUUGGAAACGAGAACCAGAUGUCCGUUUUCAUUAGCCAUCAACAACACCCAGAAUGGCUCACGCUACCAGGACACGCUGCACAAGCGGGCUGUCAAGAAUCAGCCAUGCGAAUCAAUCAUUUGUCAGGGUUCAUUAAUGACUCCCAAAACAUUGAUUCGGAAUCCAAAACUGGCUCCAACUGCUCACAAUGAGAUACUUCCCCAGGCUAUUGACUUAAUUAACCAGUACUUCAAGUCCAAAGUAAAUCCCAAAACUGAGGACCAUCUUGCAAGAUUGGAGACUAUUGUAAUGGAAACUGAUGUCACCGGAACAUAUGAGCUGACAUUGGAAGAACUGUCGUUUGCUGCCAGACAAGCAUGGAGGAAUGCUCCAAGAUGCAUUGGUAGGAUUCAGUGGUCUAAUUUACAGGUUUUCGAUGGCAGAAAGUGCACAACUACUCAGGAAAUGUUUGAUCUGUUGUGCAAUCACUUAACGUAUGCCACAAAUGGCGGAAACCUAAGGUCGGCAAUUACCAUUUUCCGUCAGAGAAUGACUGAUAGGGGUGAUUUCCGGGUGUGGAACAGUCAGCUGCUGAAAUAUGCAGGGUAUCGAAUGCCCGAUGGAAGUAUCCAGGGAGAUCCCUCCAGUCUGGAAUUUACUCAGAUUUGUAUCCAGCUUGGAUGGAGACCGAAAUAUGGCCUCUUUGACAUGUUGCCUUUGGUAUUGCAAGCCAAUGGAGAGGAUCCAGACUUAUUUGAAAUUCCACUGGAUUGUAUUCUAGAAGUUGCCAUGGAACACCCACAGCAUGAAUGGUUUAAGGACCUUGGACUGAAGUGGUACGCUCUUCCAGCAGUUUCUAGUAUGCUGUUAGAGGUUGGCGGACUGGAGUUUCCAGCGUGUCCCUUCAACGGCUGGUACAUGGGCACAGAAAUUGGUGUCAGAGACUUUUGUGACUACCAACGCUAUAACAUUCUUGAGGAGGUUGGCCGCAAGAUGGGCUUACAUACUCAAAGGCUGUCCUCGCUGUGGAAGGACCAGGCAUUGGUGACCAUUAAUGUUGCAGUGAUACACAGUUUUCAGAAAAACAAAGUGACCAUCAUUGACCACCACUCCGCGGCAGAAUCCUUUAUGAAGCACAUGGAGUCGGAGUACCGGCUCCGUGGUGGCUGUCCCGCAGACUGGGUCUGGGUGGUUCCCCCCAUGUCAGGCUCCCUCACGCCUGUCUUCCACCAGGAAAUGGUCAACUAUAUCCUCUCUCCAUUUUACUACUACCAGCCUGACCCCUGGAUCAGCCAUAACUGGAGCGAAAAGAACAAGUUCAUGAUCAGACAGAAGAUCAGCUUCAAAGCCGUGGCCAGGGUAGUCCUCUUGUCCUCAAUCUUCAUGAGGAGAUUCCUGGCCAGCAGGGUGAAGUGCACAGUACUGUUUGCCUCCGAAACUGGAAAAUCACAGACAUUUGCAAUGAAACUCCACACCAUGCUUAAUGGUGCCUUCAACUCCAGAAUGCUUUGCAUGGAAGACUACAACAUCAGUGACAUAGACACAGAAAGCCUCUUGAUUGUGGUAACCAGCACUUUCGGAAAUGGAAGCCCUCCUGCAAAUGGAGAGAGCUUUAAGGAGAAACUUUUCUCUUUGCUGCAUCUUAGCAAAACGUUGAGAUACUGUGUAUUUGGGCUUGGCUCCCAGAUGUACCCCAAGUUUUGUGCCUUCGCUCACACAGUGGACGACAAGCUGGAAGAGCUGGGCGCUCUGCGGCUAACUCCCACUGGAGAAGGGGAUGAGAUGAACGGACAGGAGGAAGCCUUCUUGACAUGGGCAUCUGUGGCUUUCAAGGUUGCCUGUGAAGAGUUCAACAUCCAAAUGCAGCUGAGCUUUAAGCUGCCAGGGGCGGAUCAGCUUUGUGAGUCAUGGGAGCCCAUGAAAUAUCGUGUUUCCCAUGAAAACAGCCACUUGGACCGCAGUGCAGCACUGGCAGCUGUCCAUUCUAAAACAUUGCUCCCAAUGAAACUGAAAAGAAGACAGGAUCUGCAGAGCGCUCAUUCAAGUCAGUCCACUAUUCUAGUUGAGCUAGAGAUGGAAACAAGGAAUGAUUUCUUGAGCUUCUGUCCUGGUGACCACGUUGGUAUAUUUCCUGGGAAUCAACUACAACAAGUGGCAGGCAUCCUCAAGUUCAUCCCUAAUGCUCCCCCGACCAACCAGAGCCUUUGUCUGGAAUAUUGCAGUGACUCCUAUUCUGAUAACAAGAGAAACUGGGCCACUGUGGACCGUAUCCCAGCAUGCCCUUUGUCACAGGCUUUAACAUACUUCCUGGAUGUGACCACACCCCCCUCUCAGAAUCUACUCUACAAACUUUCUCAGAUCACGAACCAGGAGGAGCAUUGCCAGCGCCUGCUAACUCUGGCAACGGACGUCAAAGAAUAUACUACAUGGAAGAUGUUCAAGUGUCCCACGUUCCUGGAAGUCCUAGAGGAGUUCCCAACCCUGGAGCCAUCAGAGGCCUUUCUCUACAGCCAGCUGCCUUUGCUGAAGCCUCGCCUCUAUUCUAUCAGCUCCUCCCUCGAUCUGAAUCCCAAUGAGAUCCAUGUCACAGUUGCUGUGGUAAACUACCAUACCGAAGAAGGACAGGGUCCUCUUCACCAUGGGGUCUGCAGUACCUGGCUAAACAACAUCAAUGAAGGAGACCUGGUCCCCUGUUACAUCCAAAGUUCCAGUGGAUUUCAUCUUCCUGCAGAAGCCAGCACCCCAAUCAUCUUAGUGGGGAACGGAAGCGGGAUCGCCCCCUUCAGGGGGUUCUGGCAACAACGACUGUGUGACAUGAAAUGUCCAGGAUUCUCCGGCACUCCGAUGAACCUGGUGUUUGGUUGCCAGACUUCAGAGACAGACCACCUGUACAAAGAGGAGACACUGGACAUGAGAAGACAAGGUGUUCUGAAAAACGUAAUAUCGGCAUACUCGCGUCAGCCAGGACAACCUAAGGUCUACGUGCAGGAUAUCCUGAAGGAGAAGAUGGCCGAAGAGGUGCUGAGAGUUUUGCACCAGCAGGGGGGGCACCUCUACGUGUGUGGGGGGGUGAACAUGGCACAUGGCGUGACCCUGGCCGUGCAAGAGAUCCUGUGCAAACAGCUUGGCAUGACCAACCUUCAGGCUGAGGACUACGUGACCCAACUCAAGAUCAAAAAGAAAUACCAUGAAGAUAUCUAUGGAGUCAAGAUUUAGAAAUGGGAUGGUUAUGAGCUGCUGAAGAUUUCAAGGAUUUCACCAAUUAUCUUGAUAGCUGUGGAAAACCUGCUGUGUGUCAGUUUCUCAGAGUUUUUGGUAACUGGGUAAGAUCUUGGGUUUCCCUUAAACAUUUUGGAUUAUUAAUAGACUACAUUUAAUUAUUAAUAUUGUUUUUGCGGGGAUACCUGGGGAUACAUUUUGGGGGGGGUUUACUCUUCCAUUUAUGGUGAACUGCCAUCAAACCUUCCUAUUUUCCUUCUACAUCAAUCUUAACUCUUCAAGAUAUUCUGAUUUACUCAUGGAUUUGACUGCAUUGUUUAAUGAGUCAAGAAACCACUUUAAAUAAAGAUCUGAGGACCCUGUCUUAACAUUCCAUUUAUAAUGACAUGUUGUCCUAAAAUAUUUUACAUUGUCGAUUGAGGAUUUUACAUUUGAUGUUCAUUUCUCACACGGAAAGCCUUUGAGAACCAAAAUUUGAAUUUGUCUGUUUGUGCCCAGUCAAUAAAUGUCAGUAACAUUAACAGAAUCAGACAUGAUAUAAUCACAAAUCUAUUUGAAUCAACUUCAAAAACACACACACUGCACCUUUCUUUAAAUGUCACAUUUAAUGAUUUUAACCACUGUACUUCAAAUCUACACUUUUUUCCCCCCAACACACAUUUGACGAGUCAAUCACAUCCCUUACAUUACCUUGGCUUUCAAAGUCCUCUGAGCGGGACGAUGUUUCUAUACCGUGUUUUGUAUUCAAAUGACUUCAGUUUAAUACUUUGUAUAAAUGUCAAAUAUCUUAUAAAAACGUGACUACAUAAGUAGUACCUAUGCAAGUUCUGUCAAAUAUAAGGUCAGAUUGGUCUCUUUCAAAGCUCAAAGGAUUUGUCUAAAGUUUUGAUUAAGGACAAAUCCAAGAUAAGCAACAGUGUGUUUGUACUUCAUUCCAACACAAAAAUGUAUUGAGGAAUAGGAAACUACCAUCUCCACACAAAUAUAUUACACAGGCAGUGGGGUCAUAACCUAUCAAAUAUGUGACUCAAAGUUAACUAACAGUCUGGUACCCCUUGGCUAUUGAUAGGGUCUAUAAGUACAAGGAUCUGAUAUGAAUUUAUAGAAUGAUUUGUAUUUUAAAUGUAUGGGGGGAAAACAAGUGCUUUUUCAUUUCAAUACAAAAGGUUGAAGGGACAUUCAAGUUUUUCUAAUCUCCACAUUAAAAUGAUAAACUUGUGGAGGUAAACAAACCAGGUCAUUGAACUCGAGGUAGAGGCCAAUUUUGUGAAUCAGUUAUAUACACAUAUACACACACAGCAGUGUUUCUCUAAGUGACCAUAAUAAAGAAAAGGGCUUUUACUUUGAUAUAUCAACAGCUCUGCAGUACACACAAGACACAAUUAACAUAAUUGGUUGUGUUUUUUCGUUUGUUUUGGGAAUCAUUUUUGUUUUGGAUCAUUCGGAUUUCUACACGUGAAGUGCAGGGGGGAGGCGGGAAUAAAAAAAAACUAAAGAAAAUAUAUACAUUUAUAUGCAAGUCUUAAAAAUAAAAUAAAA